AUGGGCUCUAGGUUCAUGACCCGAGAUGGCUCGCGCAAUAUACUACGCAAAGCUUUCUCCCCAACCUUUUGGUUCGAUCAUUGUUGGCCAGUCUCGCGCAGGUAUUGGUUCUCUCUGUUGUUCAUCGCCGUGAUCUGUGCCAAGAUUCUUCACAUCUACUCGCAUCUGAACUCAUUAUCUCCCGGAGAAUUGAUGAUCUGGGGCCCGACAUUCUUCUUACAAGAUGUAGUGUGUGUAUCAUUCGCUCACAUCCUGUGUGCUGAUUACCAGCGCCGAUGGGCACGUGUCAUAGCGGCCUUGUUGGUGGUCCCACUUAGUUUGACAAUCUCCGGUCUAUCAGCCGCCAAUAUCUCCUUCUACGUCGCAACAGGAGCCGAGAUCCACUGGAAACAAGCGCACAACUUCCACGGCGACAAGGCUGCUGUCAAAACACUGCUCACUGGCCUAACGGGUUUAAUCAUCGUGGAGGUUGUCUUCGUUGCCGCAUCCUGUUUCUCAACCCCACAUCUAUACAAUUGGACCAAGGGAAUUGCGUCAAUCUUUAAGAGUGUUCUGCCGUCCGCCUGUCGCAGGAAACAAACUUCUCCGAUCUUGAAGAGCUAUGAGCGAGUCGCACCCGAGGACUGGGAUGAGGGUCGGGGUGCUAUUGAGUUGACCUCGGGCUCUCAUGAAACAACCCAAGCAAAUGCAGGGGAAUCUCCGCGAUCUCCUUGGCUGCGGGUCUUUGUUCUCGCAUUCACUGGCCUUGUGAUUAUUUUGCGUUGCAUUCGCCCUUCAAAUGCCGCCUAUAGCUUUCUAUCUGAUACUGUCAUUGUCACACCGUUCGACAAGAAUCAGUCUCGCGCUCCGUCAUCGGUUAAUUUACCUGAAUUGACAGGUGAUUAUAGUUGGUUGGGAAAUCACACAGCCCUGGCAGCACCGCCCACAUUUGACUGGCUGCCACGGGAUAAACUGGCCGGGUUCAGUGACUGGUAUGAAAAUGCCAAUCACACUGCGCGCCUGCAUUAUGAUCCAAGACAUGACCCCAUUCAUAUCUCCAACCUUGAAAAUGAAGUUCUGGAGCCUCUCCGCAAGGCUCUCCAAAGCGGCAGUGUCAAUAUCAAACACGUGUUACUUCUCAAGCUAGAAAGCACUCGCGCAGACGUCUUCCCACUUCGCAAGGAAUCCUGGUUUGGGGACGUGAUUCGCGAGUCAUACAAUGGCCAGAUCCCUGCUGAGGUUGAAGAAAGGCUAGCCAAUCUAACACCCACCGCAGAGAGACUAACAGCUACUUCUUCCGGGUUCAAUGGAAACGAUACUGUACAGCCUUACGGAGGAUUCCAUGCUACCAACGCUUAUACAGGCGAUACCUUUACCUUGAAGAGUAUCCUCGCGACUGUGUGCGGUAUCGCUCCCUUGGUCGUGGACUUCAAUCGCGAAUACCUGUACCACAUCUACCAACCGUGCCUGCCGCAUAUCCUGGAAGCACUCAACGCUCAGGCCAACCGGACCAAAACGGAGGACUAUACCACUUGGCCAUGGCGAUCCACAUGGAUGCAGUCCAUCACUGACGACUACGACAACCAAGACCUUCUCACACCUGCGUUGGGCUUCAAGCACAAGGUAACCGACAUCAACAUUUCCGAGGAUCGCGCCAAGCAGGGUGGUCUUCAACCAGUGAAGUACAAUUUCUGGGGAUAUCCCGAAACAGAGCUGGGGGAUUAUUACCGCAACGCAAUCAAAUCGGCCGAAAAACGGAAAGAACGACUAUUCAUCUCGCACUUGACUGGCAUUACGCAUCAUCCUUGGGACACACCAAAUCACAAGUACGAAGAAUUGAUCAGUCACGGCUGGCUGGGAAAGAAAAAUAAGGUAAAUCGCUACCUCAAUACGCUUGGUGUUGCAGACAAAUGGCUCGCCGAGUUAUUGGACAUCCUGGAGGAAACGGGCGUUGCCAACGAGACCCUGGUCGUGAUGGUCGGGGAUCACGGCAUCUCACUCCCCGAGAACAGCGGCGUUACCCCAUACGACAACCCCCACAUCUCCAGCUUCCACGUCCCUCUAGUCUUUGCCCACCCCCAACUACCACCAAUCGAGAUCGACUCCCGAGUAACCUCAAUGCAAAUCCUCCCCACAAUCCUCGAUAUCCUAUCCGAAUCCGGAUCCCUCGACAACCAAGCAAAAUCCGCCAUCCAAGAUCUCCUCCCCCUCUACGAAGGCCAAUCAAUGAUCCGACCCACAAUCCCAGAAAAAGACGGAAAGCAAGACUGGCAGUUCUCAGUCAUGAACACCGGCGGAACAUGGCUUGCCCUGCGUUCCGCUGCAAAACCGUACCGUCUCGUCAUACCACUCAUUCCUGACGUCGAGUGGAGGUUCUCGAAUGUAGAGAUCGACCCGCAUGAACUCCAAGCACUGCAGGAUUUCAACCUCUUGGAUUUGAUGAACAUGGUCUUGCCUGAGCAUGGAGAGGAUGCUGUGCAGUGGAUUAACGACGCGGCACACGUGGCGAAGUGGUGGGUUGAGGAGAAUUGGCGGCGCUAUGAAUAUAUGCCGUGA